UUAUAAAUGAAGCCUUGCCUCGUAAAAAUCCUGGCUCUUCUCUGCCUCAUCUUCAUAGCUGAGAUUUCUGGAGAGUUCAAGCUGCAAGAUCCACCUCCAAGGACCCCAUACAGGUCUGAUAACCCGAAAGGGCCAAUACUAGCUCCUGUACCAAGAAACAUGACUUUUGCAAAGGACGAUUUCGAGUUCCAAGAGUGUAACAUUAAAUACCACCAUGACCCGAUACUGCUUGAAAUAAUAGAGAUCUACAACGAUGUGACAUACGGUAAAGGGCACAAGGAAAGAUGCUCAGGUACCAGAAGGGAGUCACUCAAAGUGACUAUAAACUUUGCCAAGCUGAGCAGUGAGUAUCUUCCUCCCAAAUUUAACCCAGAAUAUGAACACUAUACCCUCUCAGCUGAUUCUCAUGGGAAUGUUAACAUUUCUGCGGAGUACUACCCAGGUGUAGUGAGAGCUCUUGAUACUCUUUCACAGCUGAUUAUUCAAAAGACUGAUGAGAACACAGAAAUGUUUGAGAUGAAAUAUCUUCCCAUAAAUAUCACUGACUACCCUGAAUACGGAUACAGAGGUGUCAUGAUUGACACAGCACGGGACUAUUUCUUCCCAGAUACACUCAAGAUGGCUAUCGAUGGUAUGAUGCUUGGCAGAAAUAAUGCAUUUCACUGGCAUUUCUCUGAAGAUGACAGUAUCCCAAUGUCUUCGACCUCCUUCCCAGAUCUAGUCAACUACACUGCUUUCUCUAAAAACGAAAUCUACACAGUACAAGAUGUGAAGGAUAUCGUCAGAUAUGCUAAGAUUAGAGGCGUAAAAGUAAUACCAGAGUUUGAAGGACCCUCUCAUUUGCAUAUCUUGGGAUUCUACCCAGAAUUUGAGGGACUGGUUGGCUGCUUCAGAAACUACACUAGCACUAGCGGCCGCCAUGGCGGCCCGCCGUACGCUCCUGUGAAUCCUGCCGAUGAGAGGACUUACAAUUUCUUUACAAAAUAUUUCUCAGAUCUCAAAGAUGCAUUUGAAUCUGAUUACUGGCAUCUUGGGGGAGAUGAGGUUAGCAUUGGAUGUGUCUCAGUCUUGAAAUCUACAAGCAAAUUCCUCAGCGAGCAUAAUCUCCAGCUGAACAAUCUCCAAGAUUACUACAUCGGACGUGAGAGAAAAGUUCUUCAUGGGUUCCGCCCUGAUGUGAGAGCAGGCUACUGGUGGAGAGGGAGCAACAACAAAUACGGGGAAGGAGAUAUCCUCCAAUACUGGGGUGGUGGAGGAAGUGUCAAAAGAGCCAUGGAUAGUCACCCAACUAAUUACUUCAUCUACUCACCUUCAGGAACUUAUUACCUUGACUGUGGAUAUGUGAAUCAAUAUUUCGGUGGAUCCUGGUGUGGAGGCAUCCACUCAUGGAGAGACAUUUACAACAUCGAUCCUAGAACUCUUCAUAAUCCAGAUAAGAAGGAAUUCUUUAUGGGAGGAGAACUUCCUCUUUGGAGUGAAAUGAACAAUGAAUUCAACAUGCCUCUUAAGUUAUUUCCAAGAGGAGGAGCUCUCUCAUUCAGGUACUGGAACCCAGAAGUCAACCUUAAUGAAGCCCAGCUGAUGGAGAUGAUGGUCAAAUAUCAGAAUAGACUGAAAAUGUAUGAUAUCCCAUCGUCAAGAGUUACCAAUAGAUACUGAGAGGAGCAUUUACAUAAUUGUUUUGGAAAUUAAGACGUUUUCAAUA